UGGAGCUGAGCCCUUUGUUCUGGCCUGGGGAGCUAGUCAAACAGGAAGAGCAGAUUUUAAACAGUCCUGGGAAGGUAACUGCAGCUGCGGCAGGGACUCGGUGCAUGGAAGAGCUUGCGCAGGUCGGGGUAGGGACAGGGAGUGCCAGGAACUCAGCCUGCUCCCGGGGGAUGAAAGCAGAGACACCUUAACAUGGACCCUCUUUGAAGCAACAAUGGCCUGAUCUGAGAGCUGCCAAGAUGUGUGGACUGGAUACCCUCGAUCCCAGCAGCUUCCAGAAGCUCCUGAUGAAGACGGGGCUCAUCCUGAUUGUGAUUGGCCACCUCAGUUUCAUCUCCGGAGCCCUCGUGCAGGGGACCGUGCUGCGCUAUGUGGCAAACCCCCAGGAUGCCAUCUCCCUGCAGUACGCCGUCUCCAACAUCAUCUCAGUGACCUCAGCCAUCCUGACCAUCUCCUGUGGCAUAGCUGCGAUUGUGCUCUCCAGAUACCUUUCCCUAACUGCCCUGAAGUGGGCAGUUUUCUCCCUCAGCAUAAGCAGCACCCUGCUCUCACUCUUCUGCUCCGUGGGGCUGGUGGUCUCCAUUAUCCUCACCUUCGCCAACAAAGGGCACGCCCUGCUGGCCACCUGCACCUUCACCAAUGUGGAGCUGAUCCAGAUCUCCCACGAGUGCUCCUUCGACCCCACCCGCGUCUAUAGCUCCACGCUGUCCCUCUGGACCAUGGCUCUGAUACUCGACAUGGUGGAGAUCAUCUUCAGCAUCCGGUGCUUCCUGCUCACCCUCACACUCCUCAACCUGAAACUGUGUCGGCGGACCCGCAAGAAAAAGGUCACGUUGCAUCUUGUCCCAGUGGAGAAUCGAGAAGCCAGUGAGGGCCGUGUCCUCCUGAGGCAGGGCAGAGUGGAGACGGUGUGGCUCUGAACAGGCCAGAGGAGCCCGCUGGUACCGCGGUGCCAAGCCUCCGCUCAUGCAUCAAUCUCAUGGACCUUCCCCCAACCAGGCUCUGCUGUCCCCGCAACCUCAGUGGCUUGCCUGCCUUGCCCCAUUGUUCUCCAAUAUGCUGCACUGGCCUCAUGGCUCCUGGUCUCCCAGACUCUGCCAUCCCAGCCUCCUCCCCAGGGCGGUGCUGUUGCUCAGACCCAUUGCUGGUCUGAGGGGAGGAGAUCCUCCACCCGGCUUGACACGUGUCCUACCUGCUGCCUUAAUUUUCUGGCCCUCUCUUGCUCACCUGGCUGCAGGGAGCGAGC